AUGUCGGCAGUUCGAAAACCACUCAAGAAAUCCAAUUUGCGCCGGAGUAUCGCAUUCGAAGACUUAACACAAGAUGCAGAUGAUGUGCCCCAGAGCGAUACUCUCGGCGAUGAUAGUCCCUCAAAUAGACCUCCGAUAGUUAAAACUACAUCAUUCAAGAAGAAAAAGAGACCCGCGUCAUCUCGUCUCUCCUUUGGCGUAGGCGACAUCAUAUCCGGUUCUGAUGCCGAAAACCUCGAGGACGACGAAUCAUUUAUACCAGUAAAGAAACCUCUGUCUCGAAAAGUCAUAGAGGGAAAUGUGAAGAAAACGAAUGCGAGGUUACCUUUGCCAAUGAGGGCGAGGGAUGAAGACGAGGAUGGGGAUGGGGAUUCGGGAAUGGGGAGGCCGAGCUAUAGUAAGGAUUAUCUGAAGGAAUUAAAGAGUUCGCAGGCUAGUGCGAUGAGGGACUUAGUGGAGGUGGAGAUUGGGGGAGGAGAGGAACCAUUUUUGGAUGCGAGUGAAUUGGAGGGAGCUAUGGUUGUGGAUUCGGAAGGGAAUGGAGAUACGAUUGGGAGUUUUGGGGAGAGUGCGGCGAUCAUACCUACGGAGGCGGAGAUUAGGGAGAAGAAAGAGAGGAGAGCUAGGAUGGCUAGGGAGAAAGAUUUCAUCUCGCUCAAUGAUGAUGAACCAAAUGGUGGACGAAACAUGUCACUUCUCCCUCGACAAAAGAAACCAGAAUCAAGGUUAGUCCUAGAUGAUGAAGAGAUCAUGGAAGGCUUUGAAGAAUUCGUAGACGAUGGACGUAUAUCUCUAGGCAAGAAACAAGAGCGCGAGGAACGACGACGCCGCAAGAAACAAAUGGCAGAUCUCAUCCAACAAGCAGAAGGCAGCUCAGACGAAGAAAGCGACGAUUCGGAAGCAGAGAGAAGAGCAGCAUAUGAAGUUGCCCAAACGAGAGCUGGUAUGGAUGGUUUGCAUAAACACGACGAUGCAGCUGCGGCUGCUGCGAGGGAAGAAAGUCAGGUUCCGGCGAGGAUUACGCCGAUUCCAGUACUAAGCGAGUGUUUGGAACGAUUACAAAAUACGUUGAGUACUAUGGAACUGGAACUUUCUAAGAGGAAAAGGAAGAUGGAAGAGGGAGAGAGGGAAAAAUCGGAUAUUGGGAAGAGGGAAGAGGAAGUUCAGGUGCUGCUUACGCAGGCGGGAAUGAGAUAUUCGGUGUUGAAAGCGGAUGCUGCUACUCGUGAUGUAAAGGAAUUGGAAUUGGAAGCGAGUGAUAUUAAGGGGUUGGUAAAUAAGAGUUCUGAGAUGGGGAGGGAGAGGGAGAGAUUUGGGGAUGGGGAUAGGGGGUUGGAAAGUUUUGGGAAUACACCGGUUGGGAGGGGAGAGGUGGUUGAUGGAUCGUAG